AUGCCUCGAGUUGCGCAAAACCCGCGUGGAUCCAGUAACGGUCGCUCCGUCUCUGGAUCCCUCGCCGCAUCCCCUUUCAAAUCGCCAGUCAAAAUCCCUCUCAACGACGACGCACAGGAGAAGGCGAAACGGUUGCAAUCGCGGCAUGCGCUGCACGAUAUGCAGAUGAAUCAGAUCAAAGCUGCCGCAUCCCCUAUGCGCAAACUGAGCAACUUCGAGCGGGCGGGCAGUUCCUCGCCGUCAUCUAACCCCAAGACACCGCGCCGAACCCUGGGAAACAGGGACGAUCUUGAGGGAGGAGUGAUGAUUGUCGGGGGAACGGCGGUGACGCCCAUGAAGCGCGUACCGCUGCUGGCCAAUUUUGAGGAAUGGAUGAAGAUGGCUACGGACAACAAGAUUAAUGCCGCCAACUCUUGGAACUUCGCCCUGAUCGAUUACUUUCAUGACAUGUCCUUGCUGAAAGAGGGCGAUGGUGUCAAUUUUCAGAGAGCCAGUGUGACCCUGGACGGAUGCGUCAAGAUUUACACCAGCAGAGUCGACUCGGUGGCUACGGAAACGGGAAAACUUCUCAGCGGCCUGGCAGACGGCGGGAACAACAAGAAGAAGAAGGGCGAAGGCGAUGAGGGAGAAGAAAGUGAAGAGGAGGUUGAGGACGAGGAUGGAGUUGUGAGGAAGAAGCCGAAGAAGCGGGCACAACGCUCUUCUGAAGCAACAUUAGCAAGUUCCUUCUCAGCCUUGCAGUUGAAGAAAUUUGAACUCGAGUUCUCAGUCGACCCGCUAUUCAAGAAAGCCUCAGCAGAUUUCGAUGAGGGAGGCGCAAAGGGACUACUUCUGAAUCAUUUAGCAAUUGAUUCACAGGGCCGAAUUGUCUUUGAUAGCAGUGACGAUGCUGGUGAUGCAUCCGGAGAGGGUCAGGGUAGACAACGAAAGGGAGACGCCCUCGAGGAGGAAGAGGAGUUAGAUCCGGAUUCCUUGGCCGAAACAACUGCGAAGGAUCUAGAAGAUGACGACGAAGAUGUAGACAUCGACAUCGCGGCUCUCGGUGCCAAGUUCUUCCCAAGUCUUGAUAUCCUAGACGAACAGGACAUUUGCCCGUCUCUGAAGAACUUUGAUCUUGGAGAUCCAUCCGGCACAAUGGACAUCCCCUUCUUGAAGGCACCUGAAGACUGGCGACAAGAAAAAGACCAGCCUGAAGAGGCGAUGGGGGCUGUUGGUGACAAGACGGGAAUCUUUCUCGAUGAUGACAACCCAGUUGGUUUCGAUGAUGACGAAGAUGGAUUGCUCGGAGGCUUCGACAUUCCGAUUGACACUGGAUUUGGUGAAGGUGGUGAGGCAUGGGCGCGGGAUGCUGCCAUCGAAACGAGGAUGCGUGUUCACGACGGGGGCUUCGACAACGACGGAAUGGGAGGUGGUGAUGGCGAGGAAGGAGAUGGCGCGGGAGCUGGCGCUUUUGAUACUGAAACUGGCGAGUAUGCUGUAUCUCUAGACCACGGUGCAAAGACGCAAGGUGGUCAUGAUGAUAUCCUGAGCUACUUCGACGAGGCAUUGCAGAAGAACUGGGCCGGACCUGAGCAUUGGAGAAUCCGGAAGAUCAAGGACAUCAACAAACCAGCUGCUGCAGCCAAGCCACGCAAGGAGAAAGAACUUUUCGAAAUCGACUUUUUUUCGCCUCUCUCGGCUAGUCUGGCAGAGACUAUAUACACUUCAGCAUCGUCGAACAGCGUCAUUUCUCUACCCAAGAAGGACUGGAAGUCAAAAACCAGAAAUCUUCUUCCCGACGACAAGCAUUUCAACUCAAAACAACUGCUGCGCCUCUUCUUGAAGCCCAAGGCCCGCAUGGGCGGCCGCAGAUCUGGGCCCGGCAUGAAGACGAACAAUUUUGGGCAACGAAAGGAAGAAGAGGCUCCCGAAGGCGAAAUCGACGAAGCCUUCUGGGCGCAGAAUGAAGGACCGGCUGGGGCCGAUGAUGCACCUGCUCAAGGCGAUUACGACGCCAACUUCUUCCAGGACGACGGCCUACCUGUUCCCGGAGGGAUGGACGACGAGGAUGACAUCGAGUUUGCCGAUGCCCGUGAUCACUUUUCUCCAGGUGCUGAGGAUCGUGGAGAGGGUGGCGUGGCAGGCAUCGGCAACGUGAUGGAUGGCGGCAUGACACAACGUCCCGAGGGAGAGGAAGGAGCCUUUGGAGCCCAGCUCGUCACGCAGAGUCGCAGAAUGAGACCGGAGUACGUGCAGUAUGCUCGUGUUGCGAAGAAGGUCGAUGUUCGGAGAUUGAAGGAGGAGCUAUGGAAGGGUAUGGGUAUUGAUGCUCUUGACAAUCUUCCAACACAAACACCUGGGAGGUUGCCCACCCCUCAACCAGAACCGAGAAAGGGCGAAGACGGCAGUCUGAAAUUCACGUCCAUAAUGCAGAACUUGCAAAGCGUCUACCCUAGACAGGCGAUGAACGAUAUCUCGACGAGUUAUUGCUUCAUCUGCUUGUUGCAUUUGGCGAACGAGAAGGGGCUAGUGAUUGAGAACCAGGAGGGACUUGUGGAGUUGGAUAUCAGGAAGGAUCCUACUGCUGAGAUUACGGUUGGGGGAUGA